AUGAAUGCAAUAAUUGAUAAUAAUAAAGAUUUUUUAAAUUUUAUAAAAAAUAAUUCAUUUGGAGUUAAUUUUAAUAAUUUUACAAAUUCAAAUGAUAUUUUAAAUGAAAUUAAUAAUGUAAAUGUAAUGGUUUAUGGUAGUAAAAUUGAUAAAAGUUAUUUAACAACUUUUGAUCAAUUAAACCCAUUAACAAUUGCAAUUACAAAAAAAAAUGAAAAAAUAUUAGAAUGUUUAUUAAACAUUUGUAAAUUAUUAGAAUUAAAUUUAAAUGGUCAUAAAAGAUAUAAAGAUUCUUUACUUUAUCAUGCAAUCUCUUCAAAUAAUAGUAAAAUAUUAUUAAAAGUUUUAAGUUAUCCAAAUUUAAGAAUUGAUAUUUUUGAUGAAGAUGAUUAUAAUACGGCAUUACAUCAUUAUUGUAGAAAAUUCAAGAGUCCAGAAGAUUGUCAAGAAAUUAUUAAUAUUAUGAUUGAAAGAACAAAUGAUUUAAAUAGAAUUAAUGGUAAAGGUAAAACACCAUUACAUAAAGCAAUUUUAAAUAAUUCAAUUCGUUUAAUGUUAGUACAUACAUUAAUUGAAAAUGGUGCAAGAUUAAAUGUUUUCAAUUAUAAUGAUUAUACACCAUUACAUUGUGCAAUUAAAUUAGGUAGAAGUGAUGUAAUUUUAAAACUUUUAAAAAAUGGUGCAGAUUUAUCAUUACAAAAAAAUAGUUCACCAUCUUCAUAUCAACUUGCAAUUCAAUUAGAUUCACCAAAUGUUAUAAAACUAAUUAAUAAUUAUUUAAAUUUAUCUUCAUUUUUAGAUAAACAUCUUUUAUCAAAUUAUUUAUUACAAUUUUUAAAAAGAGAUAUACUAUAUUCAAAUUUAAAUGAUUUAAAUGAGGAAACCUUAAUUGAAAUGGGUUUACAAAAAGAUAAAAUUUUAUUAAUUUUAAAAUAA